AUGACGUCAUCGCCUGAGUGGUACCACGCCGGGGAUGAGAUAUUGCAACAAAACAGAGAGCGGUGCAAGAAGGCAUGUGAAGAGUUCAAUAUAGCCAAGUAUGCCUCUCGCCGCGAGAAAGUCCGACUGUGGAGAAACAUUGUUGGUGAUACUCGGAUGCUCCCUGCAGAGGUCGCGAAUGCAAAAGAAGAUGAGGCACUCUUCGAAGAGACAGAUCCAUUCGUCGACGGUCCGAUUUCAAUCGAUCACGGGUUGAACUUCAAAGUUGGAAAGGGGACCUUUCUGAAUUUCAAUCUGCUCGUUCUUGAUACAUGCCUCAUUACCAUUGGCGAGAACGUUCUUUUUGGACCUAAUGUUGGGUUAUAUAGUGCCAUCCACCCCAUGGACCCUGCGGAGCGUCGUGGGCUCAAGGGGCCUGAAGCUGGGAAGGAAAUACACAUUGAGGACGACGUUUGGAUCGGAGCUGGUGCUACCAUUCUGGGUGGAGUGCGAGUCGGCAGAGGCAGCACAGUGGGCGCCGGCUCCGUCGUCACUAAGGACGUCCCCCCUUUUCAUUUUGUCGCCGGAAAUCCCGCGAGGGUCAUUCGACGUAUUCAAUCGACAAUGGACGGGAGCAUGAAUGACAGCAAAAUCGGAGCGGAAGAAGAUGCUUAG